CUGCACUAACACUUUCACUGUAUCUUUACAUGUGUAAUGAGUGGUAUGGAAAAUAUGAAAUUAAGGUUGGGUAAUAACAAAUAUGUGUUAACAUAAAAAUAAAAAUAAAAAAGUGUUUUACACCCAGAGCCAGAAAAUUACUGCCUACACUGGGAAAUACAAGGUCACCACAAGUUGUACUUGAUGUCCGUGAACUUUGUAAACAGGAUGUAAGUCUCUGAUUGGAGGCUCUUUUUUUCUUCCACCCCCUUCUUUCUUUGUCCCUUCUUCUCCUUCUCUCUCUGUCUCUCUAUGUCUAUCUAUCUGAUGAUGAGUAAACAUUUUUCUCAUUCCAACAGAUGUUUCAGAUUGUGAAAUCAUCUGAAACAGUUGAAAUAGCAGCAUAGAUCCCACAAUGGAUACAGGACCUGAGGCAGCUGGAAGCAAUGACAAUGAGACACAAAUGAAUAGAAAACUUGGGGAGAAGAUUCACUAUAUAGUAACUAACAUCACAGUAGAACCUCUGGCGAUAUUAUACUGCAUGCCACUGUUACUCACAUCAUUUGCAACUAGCAAUUUAAAUUUAGAAAAAGCCUGUCGUGUGAAUCUUGAAUACAACAGCACAGUGUGUGAUGCAAUAACUGCAAGAAAUAUAAGUGAGCUUAAAGAAGAGGAAACAAAAAUACAAACUGUAGUUGCCAAUAUGCAAAAUUGGAGAAACAUUCUACGUUUCUCAGUUCCAGCAAUUUUCAUAAUAUUUAUUGGUUCAUGGAGUGACCGUACCAAUAAGCGGAAGCCUUUGCUAUUGUUUCCAAUAUUUGGAGAACUUUUAUCUAGCAUUGGACUUUUGCUAUGCACCUACUAUUACCUGGAGUGGCCUGUGGAAGUUGCAGGAGUGAUUGAGGGCUUAUUUCCAGCAGUUACAGGCAGCAAUAUGGUAUUCACCAUGGCUCUGUAUAGUUAUGUGUCAGAUAUUACAACAGAAGAAGAUAGAACAUUUCGCAUUGGUAUAAUAAACAUGGUUAUUUUCUUGUGCUCAUUAGUUGGACAAUUCAUUGGUGGUAUACUCCUUGAAAAAGUUACAUUUUAUGGCAUGUUUUCAAUUGCUGCCAUCUCAUAUGCCUGUGGCCUUAUAUAUUGUUGGUUUUAUGUUAAAGAAAUACAAAAAGAUACAAUUUCUUUGACUGAUAGAAACAAAAAAAUCAAUUUUUUUGACGUUGGUCUUGUGAGAGAAACAUUUUUUAUCUUAUUCAAAAGAAGAGAAAACUAUGAAAGACUAGUGUUGUGUCUACUAAUGUGUGCAUUUAUAUCAUCAGCUGGUCCUCCCUUCGGGGAGACAACACUUGCAUAUUUCUUCAUGAGACAGCAGUUUGGUUGGGAUGAAAAAGAUGCCACUUACUUUUUUACAUACAGUGCAGUUAUUUCUUUCAUAGGAACACUUUUCACAGUAAGUGUGCUAAGCAAAAUGGUUAAAUUGAAUGACUGCUUGAUUGGAUUAAUAGUGAGCAUUAGCAGACUGAUUGCUGAUUUUUGUUAUGCUUUCACUUAUAGAGAAUGGCAGCUGUACUUGGCUCAGACAAUUGAUCUACUCACUGGUGCAGGUCUCAUUCCAGUUCGAUCUGUUGUUUCAAAGAUUGUACCUUCCGAUGAGAUUGGAAGAACAUUUUCUCUGAUGGGUAUUUGUGAAGGAAUUACAACAUUUGCAUUUGGACCAUUGUAUAGUACAACAUAUAUAGCAACGCUUGAGACAUUUCCAGGUGCUUUCUUCUUACUCGGUACCAUUUUUGCUCUAAUAACUGGAGCUAUCUACAUAACUAUUUAUGUACUGUGGAAAAGGGGCAAAACUCAUUUGGAGAAACACUCCAUUGAAAUGGAUGCUGCACAAAAUGAUCAGACAACAAAAGAAGAACAUGUAAAUGAGGCUUUUCAAACUGAAGAACAAGCAGACCUUGACAGCAAGCUGUGAAACAUAAAAAAAUUGUUACCAGAUAUCUCUGAAAGAUCAUGAAUAUAUAAUACCUUAUCACUGUCUAAUCUAUGAAUUUUCAUCCAUAGUAAAAUAUCUUAUGGCACUAACAGUC